UGCUGUUAACAUUGAAGCAUUUGCCAUGCUUUUAAUGGAGUAGGGUAAAGUCACAUUGAACACUACUCCUACUCUCUCUCUCUCUCUCCACCGCUUGGAGGAAUCGGACUGAGUUCGCCGGAAGUCUCAGAACCUUUUCUGGCGAAGAUUUGCCGGCGAUGUGUAAGCUUCGGUUACUGGUGUGCCUUAUACUUCUUUGCUCGGCAGCUUUGCCUGCUGCUCGAGGAUCUACCAACACAACCAGAACCAGUUUGUGGAAGACCUUAAAUGGAAAUGCGCCUUUAGUCAUAGCACGUGGUGGCUUUUCAGGGCUAUUUGCUGAUUCCAGUACAGUUGCAUACCAGCUGGCCGGAAUGGUUAGUUUACCCAAUGUGAUCUACUGGUGCGAUGUACAACUGACAAAAGAUGGAGCUGGCAUUUGCAGUCCUGAUCUCACACUUGAGAAUAAUUCUAACAUUGAAUCUGUUUUCAAAAAUAAGUAUAAUACCUACUCCGUUAAUGGGGUAUCUAUGCAAGGAUGGUUUUCUGUGGAUUUCACCCUCAGUGACCUGGCAAAUGUCAUUUUAACUCAGGGAAUUUAUUCUCGACCCGAUAAAUUAGAUGGUAGUCUGUUCCCAUUUCUUACUGUUCAAGAUGUGGCAAAGCAAUUGAACCCACCCGGAUUAUGGUUGAAUAUUCAGCAUGAUGCAUUCUUCAGCCAGCAAAACUUCAGCAUGAGAAGCUUUGUACUUUCUGUAUUUAAAAGUGCUAUAGUUAAUUAUAUCUCUUCUCCAGAGGUGGACUUCCUAAGGAGUAUAUUGUCUCGCAAACCAAGCACAACAAAACUCAUCUUCCGGUUUCUGGGACAAGAUGAAGUUGAGCCUUCUAUUAACCAAACUUAUGGUUUUCUAUUAAGUAAUUUGACAUUUAUCAGGACAUUUGCUUCCGGAAUUCUUGUUCCCAAGUCUUAUAUAUGGCCUGUAGAUAAUCUAUAUUUACAGCCUCAUACCUCAGUUGUUUUGGAUGCUCAUAAAGAAGGUCUAGAAGUUUUUGCAUCAGAUUUUGCAAAUGACGUACCUUUUGCCUACAAUUUCAGUUAUAACCCUGUAGCUGAGUAUCUAUCUUUUAUUGACAAUGGAAACUUCUCUGUGGAUGGUGUGCUUUCUAACUUCCCAAUAACUCCAUCAGCGGCCAUAGCUUGUUUCUCUCACAGAGGCAGAAAUGUGUUAGGACAAGAAAAGCCUUUGGUUAUCUCAUCAAAAGGAUCGAGUGGGGACUACCCUGGUUGUACUGAUUUGGCAUAUCAACAUGCCAUUUCAGAUGGUGUAGAUGUUCUUGACUGUCCUGUUCAAAUGACGAAGGAUGGGAUACCGGUUUGCUUAGGCUCUAUUAAUCUUAUAGAUUACACAAAAGUUGCUCAAUCAAGUUUUAGCAACCUUAUGACAACUAUUUCAGAACUUGGAGUAGUCAAUGGGAUAUUUCCCUUCAGCCUCACAUGGAGCCAGAUUCAGAGUUUGACUCCGGCAAUAUCGAACCCAUUUAUAGCUUCCCGAUUGUACCGGAAUCCAAAAUUCAAAAAUGCUGGAAAAUUUAUGACGCUGUUUGAGUUUCUGGCCCUUGCAAAUAAUGCCAGUUCUGUUUCUGGUGUUCUGAUCAGCAUAGAGGAUGCAGCAUUCCUAGCAGCAAAUCAGAGUUUAAGUGUAACUGAUGCAGUUCUUGAUGUCUUAAGAAAUGUUAGUCAAAAUAAUCAGACAGGCAAGAAAAUUAUGAUUCAGUCAACCGACAGCUCGGUGUUGAUCAAGUUCAAGGAGGAGAAAAGCAAUUAUGAGCUCGUUUACGUUGUCAAUGAAGAUAUCCGUGAUGCUGAUAAUUCAACUGUUGCAGAGAUCACGAAGUUUGCUAAUUCCGUGGUUGUCAGCAAGAGUUCCGUCUUUCCUGACAGUGACGCAUAUCUUACUGGUAUGACAGAUGUUGUACAGAAACUACAUGCAUUCAAGCUCCCAGUGUUUGUAAAACUCUUCAGAAAUGAGUUUAUAUCUCAAGCUUGGGACUUCUGCUCAGAUGCAAUUGUGGAGAUCAACUCAUAUGUCAUGGGUGCUGAAAUUGAUGGUGUCAUCACAGAAUUUCCUGGAACCGCUGCUAAAUACAAGAAGAACCGAUGCUUGGGAUUGGGAAAUAAUACCCCGUAUUACAUGAGCCCUGUUCAGGCUGGUGGUCUCUUGCAACUCAUCGCUGCUCCAGACUUGCCACCCGCUAAAGCUCCUAACCCUAUCCUGACAGAUUCCGAUGUGGUUGAGCCACCUCUUCCCACUGUGGUGGCGAAAAGCCCAACUUCUGACAUUGGCAAUGUAACUAUUUCACCAACUACAACCCCAUCAAAUGGGCAGCCUAAAGUUGUUGCAUUCAUCUUCUUGUCAUAUCCGGCUUCUCUCCUUGCUACUCUUGCCCUAUUCUGAAAACAUAUCGCCCUACACAUGCUUGAUCACAUGGGAGCUCUGCAUGAUCAAAUGGGUGCAGGUGUUCAUUCCUCCCCAUGCAUAUCCCUGAGCACGUGUCAUGAUGGAUUCUUCAACCACCAAGCAUUGUUAGCUGUUCAUUCAUGUAGUUUAGUUAAUGAUUGUUCUUUGGUGUGUAUUAUGAUCGACACAUAAUAAACUGUGUUUGGUAAACUGAGCAACCAGUCUCUCUGUUUACAGCAAGUGCUUGAACCCGACCGCUGAAAUUUGUAAAUUAUUGUAUUUAUAUGCUUAAAAAAUUUAUUUAUUCCCCACCAAA